CCAAACAAAAACACAAAAAUCGGAAAUAUUAUUGCAAUCUGAACAAAACAAAGUGAAAUCAAUUCCUUUUGCAAUUAUGUUCAGCCGACUUCAAUCGACAAUAGUUAUUCUGAUUUGGCUGUUGUUUUUAACCGCCAAAUUAAUUGAAUGCAAUAAAAAACCGAAAUUGUUGGAUUUACCAAUCGAUAGUCAAUCAAUGAUCGACAUAUCGCAUGUGAUUCUAUGUAAUGCAGUGCAAGGAACACAACCAAUUCAUUUUGAAUGGACUAAAAAUGGCAAUCAAAUCAACAAUAAUCAUACAACAACGAAAAAUUGGAAAAUCGAUUCGAAUGAUAAUUUUUCAAUGCUGACAAUUCCACGAUUGAAUCAAUAUGAUUCAGGUGUUUAUAAAUGUAUUGCACGUAAUGCAUUUGGAUUCGAUUCAACAACCACUAAGCUCCGUGUUCAAGGUAAAGAUUGUUAUCUUUUCGUAUUUCGACAAUUUAUUGUUUAUUUCUGUGUUGUUGUUUAUACUGGUUUUUAUAACAUCAUUUAUCUUUUGUUAAAAAUGAUGUUUUCCUUGAAAUUUUGUUUCAUUUGUUCAAUUGCAUGGUGGAACAUAGUCGAUUCAUCUAAUGCCGCGAAACCUAUUCUACAAAAUCUUCCAGAAUCGAUUGAACUCGUUGCUAAUCGAACUCAUGUAAUUCUAUGCACAAUGAUAAGUGGUAGUCAACCUGUAUUUUUUGAAUGGUCAAAAAAUGGUCGAAAAAUAUCCAAAUCUGAUCCAUAUAAAUUAGUUAUUGAAGAAAAUUUUUCUGCACUUACAUUAAAAGAAUUAACCCAAAAUGAUUCAGCAAUCUAUACAUGUUUGGCUAAAAAUGCGUUCGGUCAAGAUCAAACAUCGACCAAACUUUUGAUCAAAGGUAUAUAUUUUGUUUUUAUCAUUAUUAAUUUUUUCGACCAAAAAGUGGCGCUCCUUUCUUCGUUGAAUUUGAAUUCGGAUUUUGAUUUUUUUCAUUAUUGA